AGGAAUCAUUUCUCCUCUCUGUCUGCAUUCUUGCAGCCAUUGAGAAAUACUGAAUGAGCUGUGAUUGGUCACAGCUUGUCACAUGGUACAAGGCUGUUGUGAAUAACCCUGUACCAUGUGACCUCUGUGAUCAUUCACAGAUCUCACAGGUAGUAAGCAAUGCUGUCAGAAGUGACAUCUUGCUUACUACUCUGCAUGUGACCAGUGAUUGGCCAAUCAGUGAUCACAUGAUCGGGACCUCACACAGAGGUCCUGUAUGAUGAUCGGUGUUCCGCUGUGUCUGGAUCGCGGUGCCACGUGCUCCCAGGGAGCGCGCUCAGGCUGUUAAUGCGGGCACCGUUUACGAAUGACAACCCGCUCCUGCACUGCUCCUGUCCGGCCGUUUAUGUACAUGAGCUGGACGGGAAG